GGCUCUUUGAAUAAUGUCACAACGGUUUUCCAAAUUUUUUAUUCGUCGUAAUUGACUACGUGUUUUUGAUAAAUUAUUUUUUUUGGUUUUAUCCACUAAAUGUUAUACAAAUUUAUUUAUUUAGCGAUAAAAAAUUAAUUAUAUAUUUUACUAAAUCGUUGAUAAAUAAAGCUGAAGACAAAAUUUAAAUGGAAUAUUUUUGACUUUGAACCAAUAUUAACUAGUAUCAAAGUUAGCAAUUACCAUAGCUAUUUUUUUUUUAUGAACAGAAUUAAAAGACUGACGAUGAAAACUGUUUCGGAAAAUGCUUCUAUUGGUUUGCCAAACAAGACUUCUGAUGUCAAAAAAGCUCCUCGAAAAUGUCUUCAAACAUUACAACUUGGAGCAGAUUCUGCAAAAAAUAAAGAAAAUCUUGUAGGGUCUGGAAGGUCUCAAGAAAAAAUAACUAAAGAUGUUAAAAAAGCAAAAUUUCUUAAAAAAUCAGAAAAUGAAAACUCAAAUGAAAAAAAAAUUAAGGAAAAAAACUCUUCUGUAGCAAAAGUGAACCCAAAUUUGUACAAAAAACUGAUAAUUGAUGAUCUUAUCUCGACUGUGGGUCCUAGUGAAAAAUAUUGGGAAGUUAUUGCUGAACGCCGCAGAAAAGCAUUAGAGGAUACAUUAGAAGAAAACAGAAAAUUAAAAUCAUGGGUACUGGCAUUGGAAGAAGAAAAUAAAUCUUGCAAGGAAUUACUUGAAAAAACAACAGAUAUCGUAAAAACUUUGCAGGAAUGUUUAAAUGAAGAAAAUUAUGAUGAGAAAUAUGAUAACCUUACAAUUGGUGAUGUAAAGUAGUCUUAUAACACUAAGGAUCAAACUGAAUAUUAUGCCUAUUUUUUUUAAGUUACUACAUGAAACAUAUUGUUUCUUUUUAAAUCCUACUAGACAUUAUAUAUUUUUAUUAAUGAUACAAACAAUUUACAUGUUGAUUUAUUUUGAAUUUAAAUGAGUGUAAAUAAUUUUUGUUAAUUAUAAUCUAACAAUGAAUCAAUGAAAUUUUAAACUUUUUACUGUAAACACAAUUUGGCUAAAAAAAAUUUGUAUAAGAUUUUAUAAUUUAUUAUUUAUUAGCCAACUCUUUACUUAAGCUAUAAAUUCUUAAUUUUGAGUGUGUUUAAUUAUGCAAUUCAUUUUUAUUUUUAAUUUGCUGUGUAAUGAUUCUUUUUAAUGAAAUAAUGAUUAAUACAAAUACAUUUUUUUAUAAAAUAUGAA